AUGCCUUCGUCAUUAAUAAUCCCUCGUUGGUAUACAACAACAACAAAAAUUACACCAUUGUACAAUUCUCUUGCACAACAGAGUAAAGAAAUUUCUUUACACAAUUCAAAACGACGAUAUCGAGGCACCUUACCAACGGCUAUAAUAACAACUGUUAUAUUAUUUCUAUUCAAAUUACCUUCUUAUUAUGAACGAUAUUCUCGUUAA